AUGGCUUCAGCAUCGCUCGGACCGUGCUUGGCACUUGCAGUGUGUAUCGCUGGAAUUGGAGGUGGACCAUAUCUUGGUAGAAGAUUAUUUGAAGGAGAAUGGAGAGAAAAACAAAAACCAGACUUUUUCAGAUACGGUUUGUGGAUGAGAGACUAUGCUGUCUCUGAUACUAUCCGAGAAGGAGUUGAACCAACAAAUGCUUCCAUCAAAUCACCAGUGGCCAAGCCAGUUUUUGGUUUGUUUGGACCAAAUAUUGAUACCACAAAUCCAAUGAAGAAGGAAUUUGAUGAACAAAUGGAUAGAUUAUUACUUGAAGUUGCUUUCAAAUCAAAGUAAAUAAUAUUGAUAAUAAUUUGGAAUUUUGAUGCAAAUGAUAAAUAGGGCUACAAUAUUUGUUAUUUGUGUAGUAAAUACAAUUAGAAAAUAAAUCAGGUGGCGAUUAUUAUA